GGUGGGGGUGGGUAAGCCCGCGGCGGAGGAACUGCUCCGGGCGGGCCGUCCGGGCCAGGCGAACCUAAGUGGUUCCGGGCCUGAGCCUCGGAACCCACCUCUGAGUGGCGCGGGGCGGGGAGCUGUCCUCCUUAGAGCGGUGGCCGGACCGGCGGCGACUUGCGGUAGAGCCCCGGGAGGAGGGAGCGGCCUCCACGAAGCCAAGCCAUCCGAGCUCUUCUGCCAGUUUUCAUACAAUGCAAAGGAGCACCUCAAAUGGUCCAGGAAGUGAAGUCUUUCAUCUUCCCAAAAGAGCAAAGAAAGAAGAACCUUCUGUUGGUUUUGUUCCAGAUCAUACUGGGCCUCAGUUGUCAAAGAUGGUGCUGGUGGUGUGUCCAACACAGGAGCCAAAUUGUUCCUAGAUCAGAAUGAUGACAGUAGAUCUGAAGGUGGGUAAGUACUUGAACCCUCAGAUCAGGACUCUGUGGGAGACCAAGGGACCUGUGACAGAGAGCUCCAGUCAGCAUAAGAAAUAUGCCCCCCAAAUGGACAGUCUCAGUCCCAAGAGGUUUCACCAGCACUUCUAGAGCUUCCUCUGUCAUGAUGCAGCUGGACCCAGGGAGGCUGUUGACCAGCUUCAGAAAUUAAGCCUAUGGUGGCUGAGGCCAGAGAUUCAGUCAGAAGUGCAGAUCUUGGAACUUGUGGUCCUAGAGUAGUUCCUGACCAUUCUGCCCAGGGACACCCAGACUUGCAUAAAGGAGCACCAUCUACAGAGCAUUGAGGAGGCUGUGGUCCUGGUAGAACACUUACAGAGGGAAUCUGGUCAAAUGAGGAAUGGGGUUGCAGACCAUGAGCUGGGAAAGGAGGCAGUGCUCUUGGGAGAGACAGCAGAGGCCCUAGGCUUCAAGCUGAAGCCAGCAGAGGCCCAGCAAGUGGGCAUGUCCCAGGAUGAAGAAUUUUGGAAUACACACCAGAGUCUACAAGAGCUGCUGAUCAGGAAUACCCACAAAGAAACUGAGCCCGUAUGUGAGAGGGCGGUGCCUGCUCACCGGAUCCUAGCCUUUCCUGAACAGACAAACACCAAAGACUGGCCAGUGGCACCUGAGCUCAUCUUGCCUGAGUCCCAGAGCUUGUUGACAUUUGAAGAAGUGGCCAUAUAUUUUUCCCAGGAAGAAUGGGAGUUACUGGAUCCUACUCAGAAGGCCCUCUACAAUGAUGUAAUGCAAGAAAACUAUGAGACUGUCAUCUCUCUAGCAUUAUUUGUGCUCCCCAAAACUAAAGUGAUCUGCUGCUUAGAGCAAGGGGAAGAGCCAUGGGUUCAAGGACCCCCAAUAUUCAAAGACAGUCCCGAAGAGCUGUUUUCAGAAAACAACUCUAAAACCUGGAUAGAAUGUAUGGAGCAGCUAUUCGAGAACGUCAAAGCAUUAAUAGCAGUUUGUGAUUUGGAGAAGAACACCAGAGUUCAAAGUACCACUGAACUGAUGGUGGCUGAUGGCAGGUUCUGACAUCUCAGAGAGGUUGGCAACUUGGAGGUCUCCCACCAGCUCUUCAGACUCUCACGAUAUUGGCAACUGCUGGGCCUCACUCACAAGCUUUCAGCCAGCUCUGGGAGCUGUGCUUAUGA